AUGUCCGUCCUCCCGUUCGCUUACUCCGUCAAGUACCAAACGACGCACGACGAGCUGGCGAAGCUGAUUAAGGGGAGCUCCAGGCCAGAUCUUCGCGGUCUGCGCGCUCGUCGGCUCGAGCACCAGAAUCAGAUCGCCGACAUGGCAAGUUCGAUUAAUGGGGUGCUGGUCGCGAUGGAACUCUUUCAGGUCGAGGAUGACUUCAGCAACGGUUGCACCACCCACAGGUUGCUCCAGACGCCCUCCGAUCGACAUAUCUGA